GAGGCGGGUGGGAGGCAGAGGCCACCUCUGUGUUUAUAGCCUGGCCUGUGACGUGGGAGAGCAUUUCGCCGGGAACUUCCUGUUAACAGGUGACGUGGGUCGGGAUUCUCCGGAGGCCGCACAGGUGUGUUCCUGCUCUGUGUGGACUGAGACAGAACCGUGGCUAGAUGCCCCGGGGAUCGGAGAACCUCUUCUGAAGCCCUGAAGAGGAAGGAGGCCUUCCUGCCCGAGGGGUGAAGAAAACGUGUGGGGAUGGAGAGCAGCUGGAAAGGCAUCCCGACCACACUGGUUGUCCUGGCCGGGCUGGCAGCUUCUGGAUCCAGCUAUCAAAUCAUAGAAGGUCCCAAGAAUGCAACGGUGCUGGAGGGCUCGGAGGCUCGCUUCAACUGUACCAUCUCGCCGGGCUGGAAGCUCAUCAUGUGGGCUCUGAAUGACACGGUGGUGCUGAGCAUCACACCCUCAGAGCCCAUCAUCACCAACAAGCGCUUUACCUCUGCCAGUUAUGAAGAGGGUGGCAACUCCAUCUCUGAGAUGAUAAUCCAUGACGUGCAGCUCGGGGAUGCCGGGCGCAUCAAAUGCAGCCUCCAGAACAGCGACCGGGAUGCCUCUGCCUUCCUUUCUGUCCAAGUUAUGGGGGAGUUGCUCAUUCCCGGAGGCAACCUUAUAGUCACUGAGGAUAAACCCUGUAAUGUGACUUGUCAUGCAUUGGGCUGGAUCCCUCUCCCGGAUAUUUCCUGGGAGAUCGGCGUUCCGGUGAGCCACUCAAGCUAUUACUCUGGUCUGGAGCCCAACGACCUCCAAAGUGCAGUGAACGUCCUGACUCUCACGCCACAGGGCAACGGGACUCUGACAUGCCUGGCUAACAUGAAGGGCCUGAAUGCCUACAAGUCUGUAACUGUGAAUCUUACUGUGGUUCAGCCUUCUUGGGGCAGCAUUGAUAAAGCAGGGACACCCUUGCCUACCUGGGCCAUAGCUCUGCUUGCAGUAUCCCUGUCAUUGCUUUUCAUCCUGAUAAUUGUUCUGAUUAUAAUAUUCUGCUGUUGCUGUGUCUCCUCAAGACAAGAGAAAAAAGAGUCUAGUUAUCAAAGUGAAAUAAGAAAAUCCACAAGUGUGAAGACAAAGAAAGAAAGUUUGGAGACAAAUGUAAAAAGUGGGAGUGAAAACAAUGCCUACAGCCCAGAUGAGCCCAGGAUGGCAAAACUUGCUUCUCUUACUCGAGAGUCCUCUGAAUCCAGUGUUUGGGAACAACAAGGAAAUAGACAACCUUAUCAGGGACCUGACCACUGGUCACCGGGACCUGCAGGUUGUCCGCAGGUUUUCUUCAUCAUGGCCAGUCCUAAGACUGUCAGGAAUGCAACUCUGGUCUAGCCAAGAUGUCCCUCCAGUUCCAUUUUGCACAUGGAUGAUGACCUGCCUCACGCCGACACGGUUUCGACUUCCUCUCUGUCCCGAGGCUGGGCUCCCACUUCACUAGCAUUUCGGGGACAGAGCGAGGCUGGAGUGAUCAGAAUGGACACUUCAUGUGGGGAGAAAGAGUCCAUUUCCCCACCUUCCAGGGUAAAAUUUGGCUUUUGAAAUGUUUCAAGAUUUUCAUGAACUCCACCAAGUUUCUAAGUAAAGCUGCAAAUUCAUCAUCUUAAUUUACGUGUCACUCGACACUCCUUCUUGCUAAUCCCAUCAAUGGUGGAUAAACCUCCAUCUUACCAUGACUUUUAAAACAUAUUUUUGUUCUCUUACGUCCUAUGAAGACAAUAUUUAUGUGUGUUUAGCACGUGGGGCAUUAAUGUAUAUUAUCUGUGAAAAAGGAGCAUAUGCAUUAGGAUCAAUCAGAAAUCUAAGAUUUCCUGGAAAAUCAGAAUUUAUAGGUUAAGAAUAAGAUUAAAUUCAAAGCCAAUGGGCAUACUAUGAAAUAUCUCAGUAUUGGAUAUUUACGUGAAGGCAUUCACUUUUAUCUGCUCCUUAUCAGGCUGCUCUCAUGUCGUCUGAUGAGUUAGAUGUGGAUUAUGAUUUGUGGGGGAUGUACCUUACAUGCCACAAAUGCCGUGAAAAAGCUGGAAAUGGGUAACAUGUUCUUUAAUAAAUAAAAGAGAAAACACCAAAGAA